AGGGAGCAAGGUCGUCACUCGGUCCUCCUCUCGCUUUCUAUCUUCCUCUCCUCUGGAGUGUUUCUGCUUUCAAAAUUCAAUCACCGGCGCUCCCGUCCUUCUCAGGCACGCAGACGCAUGCGUACACGUUUUGAAGCGCACUUCAGACUCACACUGACAUUGACAUUCAUUCAUAUCCGUGGUUUUUGCGGGAACGUCAGGUAAGUGCACUCUGCUUGUCCUUCUCGGCGCAAUCACAGCAUGGGUUUAGUGUUCACCAGAUUGUUUUCUUCCCUCUUCGGUAACAAGGAAGCUAGAAUCCUUGUUCUUGGCCUCGACAAUGCAGGAAAAACCACAAUUCUCUAUCGGCUUCAAAUGGGCGAAGUUGUCUCCACCAUACCAACAAUUGGGUUUAACGUUGAAACAGUGCAAUAUAACAACAUUAAGUUUCAAGUUUGGGAUUUAGGUGGGCAAACAAGUAUCAGGCCAUAUUGGAGGUGCUACUUUCCAAAUACUCAAGCAAUAAUCUAUGUUGUUGAUUCAAGUGACACUGACAGACUGGUGAUAGCUAAAGAAGAAUUUCAUGCAGUUCUUGAGGAGGAAGAACUAAAAGGUGCAGUUGUUCUCAUUUUUGCCAACAAACAGGACCUUCCCGGUGCCCUUGAUGCUGCUGCAGUGACUGAGGCUUUAGAAUUACACAAGAUCAAAAACCGCCAAUGGUCUAUUUUUAAAGCUUCUGCCAUAAAAGGUGAAGGGCUUUUUGAGGGCCUGGAUUGGUUGAGUAAUGCGCUCAAAUCUGGAGGUGGCUAAGCUUCAAAGAGUCUGAUGAACUUGGACUCGAGAAUUAACGGAAAGGUUGACAUAUGCACUCGGUAUGACUUUCACAUGAGCGAUCGAUUUCUUGACACUACGAUGGUCAUUCAUUACUCGUAUACAUGUAUUUUAUCAUCUUCCCUAUUUUAUCUACUUGUGGUGAAGCCGUGAAGGUUUGGACAUUGAUCAGUGGUUUAUUUUUGGGCCUCUUAACAUAAAUUCUUUUCUGACAUGCGUAAUCGACAUUUGUGGAACCGUUACUUAUGCGCUGUUCUGCACCGUAUCCCUACUGGAGAACCAAAAUUCAUUUCAUCUUUACUUUUCUUCAUUAAAUUUCAUAUGGUGUUUGCCAUAUGCCCAGGUAAUCCAUACGAAACUGUACAAUGUUUGGAAAGAUGUUUUUUGUUUAUGGGAUA